CGUGCCUCUCGCCUCCGAUGCUGCCGUCCGUCGCCCGCGCGCUGCGCCGCCCCUCGAGCUGCCACCGCCGCCCGCUCGGCGCCCUCAGCCGCCGGCUCGAGUCCACGCUGGCGCCCCUCACCCAGCUGUCCGAGGAGGAGACCAUGUUCCAGGACACGGUGGCGCGCUUCGCCGCCGACGUGGUGGCGCCGCACGCGCGCGCCAUGGACUCGGCCGGAGAGAUGGACCACUCCAUCACGCGCGGGCUGUUCGAGAACGGGCUGCUGUCCGUGGAGGUGCCGGCCGAGUACGGCGGCAGCGAGGCGUCCUUCAUGAGCCUGUGCCUGACCAUCGAGGAGCUGUCCAAGGUGGACCCCGUCGUGGGGCUGCUCUGCGACCUGCAGAACACGGUCGUCAACAACGUCUUCCUCGUGCACGGCUCGCAGGCGCAGAAGGAGAAGUACCUGCCGCGGCUCAGCUCCGACAUGAUCGGCAGCUUCUGCCUGAGCGAGGCCGGCUCCGGCAGCGACGCGUUCGCGCUCAAGACGCGCGCGGAGCCGUCGGCGGACGGCAGCUACUUCUCUCUCACGGGCCAGAAGAUGUGGAUCUCCAACGCCGAGUACGCGGGCGUGUACCUCGUCUUCGCCAACGCGGACCCGUCCAAGGGCUACAAGGGCAUCACGUGCUUCAUCGUGGACCGCGACGCGGAGGGGCUCGAGAUCGGCAAGCCCGAGGAGAAGCUGGGCAUCCGCGCGUCCUCCACGUGCACCGUCACGCUCACGGACGUCAAGGUGCCCAAGGAGAACAUCCUCGGAGAGCUGGGCAAGGGCUACAAGAUCGCCAUCAGCACGCUUAACGAGGGACGCAUCGGCAUCGCGUCGCAGAUGCUGGGGCUGGCCCAGGGCGUCUACGACCAGACCAUGCCCUACUUGUUCGAGCGCCAGCAGUUCGGCUCGCCCAUUGGGGAGUUCCAGGCGAUGCAGCACCAGUACGCGGAAGCCGCACUGGACAUCGAGACGGCGCGCUUGCUGGUGUACAAUGCUGCGCGGCUUAAGGACGCCGGCGAGCCGUUCGUCAAGCAGGCCGCCAUGGCCAAGCUCCACGCCUCGCGCGUGGCUGAGAGGACGGCGUCCAAGUGCAUCGAGUGGCUGGGCGGCAUCGGGUUUACCAAGUACCUGCUGGCGGAAAAGUUCUACCGCGACGCCAAGAUCGGAGCCAUCUAUGAAGGCACCAGCAACAUGCAGCUCACGACCAUCGCGAAGCUCGUCUCGGAGGAGUACAAAAAGUAA